AUGAAGGUGUUUGUGGUACUGGUUCUGGCUGUGUUCACAGGUUGCCAAGCCAACUUGCUCUAUGCUGAUGAGCCCAAGCCACAGGUGGGGCAACUGACUUUUGCAUUCUGGGACUAUGUUGCAAAGGCAAAACACACUGCUGAGGACACACUGAAAAGCAUUAGUGAGUCUCAACUGGGGCAGGACGUCAGUGUUAGAAUUUCAGAAGGUGCUCAUGUGGCCAAUCAGUAUGCUACCAGUCUCCAGAAAGAACUCAGCCCUCGGGUCCAGAACAUCUUGAACAAAAUCUUGAAUGAGGCUGAAGUUCUGAGGGAGCGUCACAAGCAGGAUCUGACCACUGUGAAAGACAAACUGCAGUCCUAUGCUGAGGAUCUGAGGAUCCAAAUUCUGUCCAGAUUGGAGGAGCUGAAAGUAGCUGUGGCUCCCUAUGCUGAGUCCUUUGACUCUGAAGCUCUGAAAACUACCGUGCUUCAGGAGACCAAGGAGCACAGGAGACAUCUGAAAGAGAACUUGAAGGAGCUGUACUCCCAGCUGGAGCCCUAUGCUGAAGUAAUUUCAGAGAAAGUACAACCUUACCUGCAGGAAUUCUGGAAUGACCUGGAACCUCUGGCUGAGAGGCUUGAGAAGAUUCUUAAUGGUCAGAAGACUUAUGCUCAGGCCCUGGAAAGGAGCCUGACCCCCUACGCACGAUAUCUGUUUGACCACCUCUUGCAACUGUAUUUCGUCUUAGCUGAUACCGACUAA